CACGUGCAAACAUUUUGAGGCCUUAAACAUAAAUUAUUAAAAAAAGAAGGCUUGGCCUUGUUGCUUCCACAAAUUCGAACAGAAACAGUAAUAUCCUCAGGUCUCAGUUGCAAGUCAGCCCGUCAAUCAUUCAGGCAGUCUGACAUUUAUAUGGCCAACCCCAAAAGCACACACACACCCACUUCCACACACACACACACACACACACACACACACACACACACACAUUAUCAAACACCCCCAAGUUAUGCCGUGCACCAUUUUUCCUCGUGCGUUGAAACGGAUCGAUAAAACAAAUGCAACCGUGCGCAAUAUGACGUGAAUAAAACGAGCAGCAGCAACAGCAACAACAACAACAAAAAGUGAAUUACAACAAACAACAGCCAAGUGGCGUGGAAGUGGAACACAACAAAUACAACAACAGUUACAACAACUAAAUACAUCAUCAUGUGGUGCCAAGAAACUGAAAACUGAAAACUGAAUAAUAGAAAAUACAACUUUUGCCAAUCAAUUUCCCCUAAAACGCACACAAAUUUCUAUUUAAACCCAAAUGGAUGCCAAACAACAAACGACAGCGCCAAAUGUGACAACAACAACAUUAGCAGCAGCAACAACAACAACAACAACAACUGCAGUAUCAACAACAACAACGGCGCGCAAGAAAAGCGUGACAGCCGCCUCAGUUUUCAAAUCGCAUCACAUUGUGCGCGAAUCGGACAUUGUGGAUGUUGCCAGCGAUGCUUCACUCUAUUGUGGAGCGGAUGCCAGUGCCGAUGCUCUGAUUGCCACCGAGGAGGGGGAGCCAACGACCCAGUCACAUGCACAGCCACAACCGACGCCACGUGCAGCGCCCCGCGUCGCCGCCGCCUCGACUGGGAGUGCGACUAAUCCGCCAACACCCAAGCCCAGGCAGGCGGUUAAACCAAAAGUGCUUCCAACAACGACAACCACGCUGUCCCGCUCCAAGCAACGUCUCAUCAAAGUGGAUUUCUCAAAGUUGCAGGACGACGAACACAUCUAUGAUGAAAGCAGCACCAGCAGCGCAUCCACGCAUUACGUCGAACCACAUCGCUGUUCACAGCUCAAAAUGCCGCCAUAUCCCAUUGGCGGCUAUAUACUGGGCAGCACAGUGAGAGCAGAUGGUCCGGCAUCUGCCACGCGACCCAGACGCACAACUUACGACCUGGCCACUCAAUGCGAAUCGCGUCGCGCAUCCCUGAGACGUCACACGAUUGUCGGUUGUCAGAGCAACUUGGAUGAGACGCACUCGAUGCCGCCUACACGUCCUGAAUCGCGACAGGGUCAGAACAACAGCGAUGAUGUCAGCGCUACGGAGAAGCAGCUUCAUAUCAGCAACAACCAUAGCCAGCAGCAGCAGCAGCCACAGAAGCGCAGCAAAAGUCCUUUGGGCAACAAUAAUGAGCAAACGGACUCACAAAGCGAUUCAGCAUCCUCGCUUGGACCAUGGAAUAAAUCGUUUCUGGACAAACAAACCUGGAUGGAACGUGGUGAUGAUCGACUCUCGGUCACCCUAGAGGAGAUCGUCCACAUACGUUCCGUCAUGACCAAGGCCGAGCUGGAGGGUUUGCCCGUGGACGUGUGCGUCAAGGAGGAUGUUGAAAAGCGUAAGGUCUGCUUUCUGUGCCUGCGCACACGUUUCUCAUUCUUUGGCCCCUGGGGCAUACAAUGCAAGCUAUGCCAGCGUACUGUGUGCGCCAAAUGCUACACAAAGAUGCGCAUACCCUCGGAACAUUUCCGCAACGUACCCCUGGUGCUCAUAUCACCAUCGCUGCUGUCCAGUCCGGCCAGCUCGAGCACACCAUCGCCAUCACACCACGCCGCUCACCAACCACACUCAUCAUCGACGGGCAACAUUAUGGACGAUCAGUUCCCCAAGUCCCUGAUUGAGCGUCUGCUGCGUUCCGAGUCAGAUCGUAAGACUCGCUGUACAGUGGGCAGCGCACCAUCAUCACCGAAGCACCAAAGAUCAAAUAUGAGCACGCCGGGCAUCACGAUGGGACCGGGCGCUGCUGCGGCAGCCGCUGCUGCUGCUGGCCAGGCAGUUGAGGCUCUGCACGAUCAGACAUCGAUGUCUGCCUCAUAUACGGCGCCGAUGCGACCCACGGCCAUGCAACAGCAUCAGUCGAAGCACUACAACAUUAUGUCGCGCAGCAUGGAGGGACCGCGUAGUCUGCCGGUGCACAGUCCGGCGCACAGACCGCUCUCCAAUAGCAGUACCUUGGAGCGCAAAUCUCGUUUUUCGCGCGGCUUUACAUUCUUCUCCUCGGGCAGCCAACAACUGGCUGGGGAGCAGAAGGAGAAUAUGCGUGGGGAGGAGGUGACCGUUUGUCGGGACUGUCAGGGCCUGGUUAACGAAAUUACCAGCUCGGCGAAGCAGAAGCGCUCCUCGGCGCGCAAUCGCACGCUACAGAAUCUCACAUUGGAUCUGACGCCCGUUUGGAAGUAAAUAGGCGUUAUCCAUGGAAAAGGAAUGAAAAUAAUAAAUCUAUACAUAUUUUGGAAUGACUGUUGUAAACAUUAGAAAGCAUAGGGAAUGUUGUAUAUCGUGUUGAAAGCAAAACCUAUAUAUAUAUAUAUACCUAUACAUACUAUAUACUAUACACACCUAGGAUAUUAAGUACGCGAAAUUGAUAUUAGCCGAGAAAAAGCAGCGCUGUAAAUUCUUCUUCUAUCUAAAAACAAAAACAAAAAAACAAACAGCUUAAGCGCACCCCACCACAUACCCAAUACGGAUACGAUAUAAUAUUAAAUACGAUGGCAGGCUAUGUUGUUUGUAAUUUGUUUAAUUUAUGUAUAAAUGUUAUAAUAAGUAUCUGACAAGCACCCAGAACAACAACUAAAACGUACACACACACACACAGAGAACGCAAACACGAACUACAAGUAUGUACCCAUAUAUGUAGAGUAUUCGUUAUAUACUCGUAUUCAAAACACCCCCAGCUAUCUAUAUACGAGUAUAGUUUAUGUUUGGAAAAACAUUCCAUGUUCGGUAUUUAUAUAAAUUUUAAUUGCAUUUUUAAAGCCUCUCUCUCUUUGGGUUGUUCUGAAAAUCAAUCUAAAACCAAAUUGUUGUGAAGAUAAUAGUGCUUGCAUUAUUUUUUGUAUUCCUCGUCUUCGUUUAAUGUUGAAUGUAAGUUUUGUUCAAUUCAACUCACGAUAAUUUGAAUAACAACUAACAUAGCUUAAAGCAAUUCUUGCACAACCCUACUAAAACAAACUUUGUUGCUUACUUGAUCAAUUAUGUUUAGGCUUACACUGUUGGUAUUUAUUUAUAGCAUUUACACUUAACUCUAAUUUCAACGCAAACUAUCCAAUUAUUGUAAAAUUAUUUUGGAUGCGAUUAAGUUUUCUUCCGCGACACUGAAUACUGAACUUAAUUGCAUCCAAAAUAAAUAUUUAUAAGUAUGCGAAUUGUUCAAGUGUUUUGGAAUAACUAUUUGGAAAAUUUGUUAUUUGUAAAGCAUUUAUUAAUUGUAAUUAUUGAAGUUAAAUUUAAUUUUUUUAUUAUUUCUAAGCUGAUUUUCAUAUAACUAAAAGAAACACAUACACACAGAAACACACAAAACACAAUGAAAACGAAGCUACACAGAAACACAGAACAGCAAUAAAAAAUCAAAUAAAAACUACUAAAAGUAUAAA